AUGGCCGGCGGCAAUCGAGGCAUUGAGGAGGCAAUGGGAGUCGGCGAUCGAGGCGUUGAGGUGGACACGGCCGGCGACGAUCGAGUCGUUGAGGCGGUGACGGCGUUCAGCAAUCGAGGAAAGGCUCUGAUUCCACCAGAGUGGCGAAACGGUGAUUAG